AUGGCGAUGUAUAAGUCAAGGUUGUUUAUAUAUUUUAUAAUUUAUUCUUGUACUUUUUGUCAUGCUAAGUAUGGAUUUAAGUACUUUGCGAACAAGGUGAACAAUGCAGUGAAUUUGGCAAUAAACUACGCAGUUUUGAAUGAAACGCUUUCAUUUAAGGAGCCGGGUGACUUCACCGCUGAGGGUGAGAGUUUCAAGAGUUACACUUUAGAGAAGGGAGGCGCAAUUAAGUUCUACUGUGGCAAUAAUGAGACUGAGGAGGGUCGUAAGAUUAAAAUGUACCCUGAGGAUUUAAAGAAAACCUCGUUGGCUCCCAUGUCAAAGAGCGGAAUUACCCAUAGCAUUAAGCGUGUGAUAAAUAACUUUGGCCUUUUCCGUAGUGACUCGACUUUGAUUUACUCAUUAUCUGAGUUUCUGGGCGGUGGGUACCUGAUCCAGUACCCUGCGGACGCUGUUAUUGUCUCCAGUGACCCCAACUUCAGCCUCAACUUCGCCUGCGUCUAUGAUCCCAAUUAUGAUACCAGUGGUGAGAACAAAUCUGACGAAUUAAACACUGAAGAGAAGAAGGAUUUACUGUACCGUUGGAUCGAGGUUAAAUUUACCGAUGUGUUGCCAAUAAGUUAUGGUUGCGGUAGUGGGAAUCAUCCGUUGUUUAAUAACUUGAGUCCUGAAAAUGGUCCAGAUAAGCUAGAGGGUACUUUUUUGCAAACCCGCGCCUUCUGUGAAAUUGAACCGAAGCCUGGGAUGGUAAUUGGUAUUUACUGUGCCGCUGGUGAGACUUUCAAUGACGAGUUUUGCUUCCGUGACUCUUCCGGGAAAACGUACUACGAUCCUGACUUCAAGUACGACGGAGCUGGACAAAGGCUUCAUUUAUUCCGCGUGCCUGAAAAUGGUUUCGGCGGUGACGUGUACUUCCUUUGCGAGUGCAGGGGUAAGAACAAGGACACUAAGGCUCAGGUUAAAAUAAUUAAAGCGUCUGUUCUGUCCUGUGACUUGACUAAGAUUUUCGAAAAGCAUGAGCCUGGGAAAAAAAUUAGUCUCCAGGCCUGCAGACGUGACUUACGUCCCGGCGAAUCUCUCAAAGUCACUGUUCCCAAGAAUUACACCGAGUUCUACUACUUUAAGCAUAAAUAUUCUUCUCUUUUCGAGCCUAUCAACGUGCAACAUUACGCUUACAGGCAAAAAUUAGACGAUAACGAGGUGCGUAAGGUGAAGUUGAGUGAUUUGAUAGUUGGCGAUGGACUGACAAUUGAGAAGACGCCAGUUCGAGGUGCUGUGGAGUAUCUUUUCAAGUAUAAUAGGGACUCUAUACUGAUUUUAACGUCUGAAACAGUGUCCUUUGAAUACUUUUGGACUCUGUUUCACAGGAACCCUAGGGAGCGUGAGGUUAUCUCGUAUUUAAGCUUGAAUGAGAAGGUUUUAGCUGUGGUUAGUAUUGGAUUAUUCCCUACUGACCCCUACACCUAUGGCUGUGGAGUUAGAAAUGACUUUUUCCGCAGGGAACUGCUUGACUUUAGGAGUGAGGAGAUAAAUAACAAACCCACCUCCAUUUGCAAGGUUGAUGGUAGAAAUAGUCCAAUUGGCUUCUACUGCCCUAGGCCGUUCUUACUUGAGCCUAGAGACUGCUUCAGGAGUGUUUUAAUCCAAACUGACGAGGGUGAGGAGUCUGUUGACCUGGUCAAGCGAGAUUAUGUGUAA